AUGACGACGACGUGCCGUCUGCUGUGCGCCCUGUUGGUGCUCGCCCUGUGCUGCUGCCCGUCCAAUGCAUCAGAGACUGAGCGGGCGGAACAAGAUUCUUCCCAGAAGACCACGAUGACGACUGCAACACAGGCAACAACCCUGACGCUUGGUCAGCCAGGUCCGAAAGGUGAGGAGUCCGGUGGGGACAUGGGAAAUCCUGCCGCACAUGAAGAUGGAGGAGUUACGACCGUUCCGAAAACGCAAUUAAAUGCGAAGCCCAAUGCGUCAGCGGCAGAAGUUAAGAACGGUAUGACAGAGACAACAAGUGACAAGAAUCCAUCCGCAGAAAAAAGAAAUAAGAGUGAAGAGGAUUCCGCCCAGACGACCACGACGACCACAACACAGGCACCAACCACGACCACGACCACCACUGCGCCAGAGGCACCAAGUACGACGACUACAGAGGCGCCAACUACGACGACCACCCGCGCACCGUCACGUCUUCGCGAAAUCGACGGCAGCCUCAUCAGCUCUGCGUUGGUGUGUGCCCCGCUGCUGCUCGCCGUAUCCGCGCUGGCGUACACCGCUGUGGGCUGA